CUUUCUCACUGGUUCUUGUUAAGAAACCAUGCUUAUAAGAAAGGGCCACCCCCUACAUCUGCGCUGGAGGCCCUGUCAAUCACCCCAUUCUUCCGUACCAGAACUUUGCCCAAACGCAAGUCUACCCUUCCCUCAGGAAAACCAAAGCAGCUGAGCUUCACCAUGCAGUCCGCGUCUGGUUACAGAUCACAGUACCAAACCUCCACUUCCAGUGCAUACAUGCAGUCACCUACCAUGCAGCCACCUACCAUGCAGCCACCUACCAUGCAGCCACCUACCAUGCAGCCACCUCUCAUGCAGCCACCUCCGAUGCAGCCACCUCAGAUGCAGCCACUUCCCAUGCAGUCAGCCCCACCCAUGCAGCAGCCUCUGCCCAAGCAGCACAGCUCCAUACAGAUUCCUGUAGGUCCACCUCCACCUAAAGUGAUCAGCACCACCACCAUUGUGCCUACGGCCUAUCCUGGUGCUCCAGCACCUGUCCCAGCACCUGCCCCUAUACCAGCACCAGUUCACAUUCCUGUCCAUGCUCCUGCCCAGUCUGCUCCUGCCCCCGCUGCACCCUCCAACAGACCCCCUUGGGUUAUUGAUGACACCUUUGCCCAGAAGUUUGACCCCAGUAAGACCACUACCACCAGUGUCAAAGUGCAGCCUCUUCCCACAGCUGCCCCACCAGCUCCUGUCUAUCUCCCCAACACGACCCCUGCUCCAGUGCCCCCUGCUGCCCCUAGCCCUGCUUUCAACCCUGCCCCCUCUCCCUUCAAUCCUGCCCCUUUCCCACCAGUGGCACGUGGAGUUGCCCAGAGAGCGGAGCGCUUUGCAGCCAGUAACAGGACACCUAUGUGUGGAUGCUGCAACAAUAUUAUCAGGGGACCUUUCCUGGUGGCACUGGGACGCUCAUGGCAUCCAGAGGAGUUCAACUGCCAUUAUUGCCACACAUCUCUGGCUGACAUUAGUUUUGUGGAAGAGCAGAAUAAUGUUUACUGUGAGAACUGUUACGGAGAGUUCUUCGCCCCUACUUGUGCCCGCUGCAGCACUAAGAUCAUGGGGGAAGUGAUGCAUGCUCUGCGGCAGACCUGGCACACCACUUGCUUUGUGUGUGCUGCAUGUGGGAAACCCUUUGGAAACAGCCUCUUCCAUAUGGAAGAUGGAGAGCCUUACUGUGAAAAAGAUUACGUUGCUCUGUUUAGCACCAAGUGCCAUGGCUGUGACUUCCCAGUGGAGGCCGGGGACAAGUUUAUUGAGGCUCUUGGCCACACAUGGCAUGACACUUGCUUUGUUUGUGCGGUUUGCCAUAUAAACUUGGAGGGCCAGCCCUUCUACUCCAAGAAGGACAAACCUUUGUGCAAGAAGCACGCUCACGCUAUCAAUGUCUAGAACCAUCCUCAGCGAAGUGAUCCUGAUGGCCACUGCCUUUGUUUUGGCUCAGGCUCCUUUGGGAAAGGGCUCAGAGCCAGUCUAGAUUACAUGGAACAUAUUGGUGAAAACAGCAAAAAUCACAUAUGUAAACACUAAUAUUAAAACAAUUUUUUAGUUUCAUUUAAUUUAAACUAAUGAGCAGUCACUGUGGUCUGAUGCAUGGGCAUAGAUCUUUUUUACUGCAAUUUGCUCCUGAGGCCAACAUGCACUGAGAGCUCUGAGUAAAAAGCAACAAAAAUAUAUUUUUCAGACAAACUCACUUGAUAUGAUUGUGUAAUCAUGCGUGUUGCCUUUAUAUAUGGAUGCAAUAUGCUGAUUUUAUUUGGGGGUGAUAUUGUAUUAAUUAUAACCGUUUAAACCAGAAUUUGAUAAGCUUCUUUUGAGGAUUUUGGGUUGUGGUUAUUUUUCUUUGGUGAGUUCAUGCAACACAAGCCUGUAGAGAAGGAAGCUGUUAUUCAUUUGAUUUAACGGUGUUUUUUAAUUAAUAUAUUUGGGUGCUGGGUGUGUAUUUUAGGCAAAAUAUUCAGAAAUUGCUGAUGUCCAGUUCUUGUUGUGACUGGAUGUUUAAAUUCUAAUGAAAGCCUGUAAAGUACCUAUGCAUUGGGGUGUGCCUUAAGCCCUAAAUGAAAACCUUAAAAAUCUUAUUUUUAUUUAAUAAGUGUAUUAUUUGUAUACACCAAGGUUUAUGAGACCUAAGGGAUAGUCAUCUUUCUCACACUAGCACCGUAGUCUCACUCAUGGUAUGCUGGUGUAUAGUUAUUGUUAAUUUGUUGGUUUAUGGAGUUUUGUAUGCUAAUGUACUACUAUUUUUGCUUGUGUAUGUGUUUGAAAGUCAGUGCAUGGAUUUGCUCAUGAGUGCAUAUGUAACGCCCAGCAGCAGUGUUAUUUGUACACGUCACACAUCUGGCAUGUUCACCCUUGAUUCUGUGUACAUGCUUGCACCUUUAAUCAAAAUGUGUCUUUCCUGACUUGAAGUUACACUUUAAGAUGAGAUAGAUGAGAAAAAUAUAAAGAGUCAUUAAAAAAUCAUGCAGAACUUGACUGGUUGGUUGAGAGACUGAUGCUUAGUUAGCGCAUGCAGAAUUAACUUAAAUUGCUUACAACUACUGAGGUGUAUGUAUGUGCCAUUAGGUUUUAGUGCGUUCUGUCUUGUUAUUUAUUGUGCAUAUGCGUGAGUUAAGUAACAAUUUCACUACUUAACAGUGCAACCAAUAAUACUGAGCAUUAUAACAGGUUCAUAUAUGGAUCAUAUUCCAAACUCACCUUUUUAAAUCAGCGUCUCAAAAGUAAAACUCAUCUGUUGGUUAAAAUGGUCAAUUCUUUGUAGCCUGAAGUAAAAAAUGCUGUUUUAUUUAAUUGCAUUGUGUAAUUGUGUGAUUACUUAAACUUACACAAAUAAUGUUUUUUACAUUAUAUCUAUUGUUUUUGGUAGCUGGUUGGCUUAAUUCCUUUAGCUAAGUGACUUUGAGACACUAUUUAAAAAUUAGGUGAGGUAUUUGAUUGGUACGCUAUCUUGUUUUGAAAUAUUGUAUAUUUGCCCCAUGCCAUGUAUUAAUUUGUGUUUGGGAUAUGCAAGUUUCAAAAGUUCCCCUAUUCAUGUGUUUCAGUAGCAGAUACAGUAGUGGGGUUCAAAGCUGUGGGGUUAUUUAUUCAUAACUGGAAAUUUAGAAGUAGGCCACUGUUCAAAUUUCAUCAAAUUUGUGACACUGAACAUGUUAAAGCCUUUGUAUAAAAAAUCUCGUGGAGUCCAUGCCAGCUGGAGUGUGUGCACUCAUUAAAGCGAAAGGAGGACGUUCUGACAUUCAUGUUAAGAUUUUACUUUUCACACAAAUAUGCUGAUAUUAUGAUUUGUGAUGACAGACAGUGGUCUCAGACUUUUGGACCCCACUGUAAGCGUUUUAGAUAUGUGGCUUUUCAUACACAUACCUGCUUACCUGUGGCCUUUUACCAAAAAUAGAGGGUAUCUGACAUUUCUUGUGAAUGGAAAUUUUAUUUUCAAACCCUAUAGACACAUUAAUGCUAGUUAUGUCUUUACACAGUCCAGAUAAGGACUGUAUAAAAUUUCUUAAACACUUUUUAAGAAACUGAAUGGAUACAUGAUGAGAUACUAUAUUCUCUUCAGAUUUAUAUUUCUUAUACAGCAUUGUUACAUGGCUACUGGAGAAAUAUGACACAGCAGGUCUUGAGCGUUAUUUUCAUCACCCAUUAUUGAAAGCCAUUCAUAAAACUAGUACAUUUUCCAGGAUUUGCCCCUUUUCCUCUAGAACAAUUAAACUCACCUUUAUCUGUCCUGAAGUUUUCACACCUGUUGAUUAUAAAUUUCAAAAUUGAUGUUUAACCAAACAGUAAGACUUGGUUUCUAAAUGGCUCCUUCAGUUGUUAAUCUAGCCCGAUCCUGGUCCUACUGUCCUGCAGAGUGUAGCUCCAAUCCUAAUCUAACACACCUGAUCCAGCUCUCCAGUGUGGUAGAUCUCCAGGGCCAGGAUUGAGCAACCCCUAUCCAGCCUAUAUGUAGGCUAGCUGUAAGUUUCCUUGCACUCCUGUAAACUGCACUCAGAGUAGUCUAGUUUGGGAUGCUUGCUUUCAGAUUAUUCAUAGUUUUUUGAUCAACUUUUCCAGAAAUCUUUUGGAGAACUGACUUGCCCAAUGCUGCUAACAUACUGGUGGUAUUAUUUAUCUUGGCUCACUAAAAUAAACUUAACUGAAACAAGCGAGCUUGUUCCUGUCAACCUUUGUCGAUAUUACUAAAAAUGUAUUCGUGUUGUUGUUGUGCUUUCAUUUGCUUGUAAUAUUAACUGUUGCUAACAUCAAGACUACAGCAAUCAUAGCUGUGAUCUAAAGUGCUUGAGAGCAGUUUUUUUUUAAAUUAUCAUGAGUCAAAUUGUUUGCUUGUUUCAUUUAUUAACACAAAUGUUCACUGAACAGCAAUAAAAGGCCCUUUGAUGCAGCAAAGGGCGACAAACCACCUACCAAAGGGGAAUUCCACUUUUUUUACCACAGAUUUUUUAACAUUUCUGCGUAAUUCAGUCAUUAAGAUGUAAAGUCAUUCAGAGUGGUUUGACAUGAAAUCUGCCUUCCUACAGAAACUUUUCGAGUCAGAAUUGUUCGCAGUGGUUAUGAUGAUAACCAGAUAUCUGAAACAAUUAACGCCUCAUAUAACUACCUCACAGAAAGUUAUGACGUGAAAUGGAAACGGACGCGCUGCCUGAUAAAAACUCAGUAAACGUGUAGCUUCACUGAUCAUUUAGGACAGCAAAUAAAACGGAGGUUUUUGCACUGUAGACAUCAUGACCCCCGUUUCCCAUCACUGCCACUGUAAAUCAGAGUUGGCAGUUUCUCGACGAGGAGCAAUUUCACAUCAAACCACUCUGACUUUGUAUUGUGGUGGGGAACUGAGUCCAGCUCAGUUUGGCGAUUUCUCUGCUCUACCAAAUCUGUUAACUAGCUGAUGAGCUGAAUCAGGUGUGGUUGAGCAGGAAGAUCAUCAAAUUAUGUCAGAAUCUGGAGGUCUCCAUCCUUGAUUUAUAUCUGAAUUACCGAAUUAGGCCAAAAUUGGUGGAAUUCCAGUUUAAUACCUUUAAGAAGAAAGGUUGAAUGAGCAGGUGUCUACAAACUGACGCAUUUGAUUUUUAUUCAUUGUUAGACUGUCGUUAUCAUGUCACAGUUCAUUAUGUAUUUACACUUUGUCAGUGGCCUAUAAUAUGUACUAAAACUUGAAAUGUGAAAAGUGUUUAAUAGCCACUACUAACAGCCUGAUCACUCAGAUGACAGGCCUUUUUAAUAUAGCUAUUUAUGUCUAAAUUGCAUUGUAAUGCCUUAUGGUCAUUUUGAGUGGUGUUAAGUGGUUCAGUGGUGUAAAGAUUACUCUCAGUGUCACUGAGUAACUGUUUUUAGGAAUUUUCUGUUUUUUGAUAAGUAGUUAUACGUGGCACACAGUUACAGGCUGCUGAAAACAGUCAGGUGUGAUUGGCUUAGACUUAUUUUGCAAUAAGAACAAAACUGAGUUCAAUGCUUAUGUGUUCUGUUCCCCCACAUUAUAUAUGUUCUCUUAACUUACAGCUGAGUUUUUUUAACAUUUUCCAAUCACUGGAGUUUUUAUAGGCGAUGACUCAAUGGACACGAGUGGAGGAUGAUUAGAGAUGUCUAAAACUAUGCGGUGACUGUAAAAACAAUCUGAUUUUAUGUAAACUGGCAUUUUUCAAAAGUUUAGAAAAAAAAACUUGAACAAAAUGAUGCAUAUAUAUGUACGAAAUGAUUGUACUACUCUAAAACCUCACAGAUUUCAAAAAAAGAGGGACCGUCCAGAACGAUCAGAGCUGUAAAUGAUUCCAUAAUGCCUUGAAAGGUGGUGAUCAAAUCUCAAGCAGAUAAUUAUCCAGACAUUACUGCAAAGACAGAUGAUUUCAGUGCAUUACUAUCGUUCAAUGAUAUCAAUCAUCUAGAUAACUGUAUUAUAAUCUGUACUGUAUAAGUUUAAACCACAUAAAAUAACAGCAAUAUUAUGAGAAGUGAUCUUAAACUUUUGAACUCGAGUAUUUCUCUAGAAAAUGAGAAAAAGAACUACUCCAUAGCCUUCCCAUUUUUUCCAAACAACUUGGGAAAAGUAUAUCCAUAUUAUAUGAAUAUUGCCACAACUUUAGCACAUUGUUUGAAAGGUCUGCCACUGAAUCAUCAGAUUGUUCAAAGUCUUCAGAGCUGCGAACGUUUCCGGUGUGUCAUCAAUAAAAGGGUUUCACAAUA